AAGACGCGUGACAUGUUGGACGAGCCGCACUGUUCGAUCUCGUUCUGCAUCUCGGAAUCCUUGCUAGAUCGGGACGAUCCGGAGAGAGCGAGCGCGAGAGAGUACAGAGAGAUGAGAGCACUCGGUGGGACGCGUCCCUCAUUUCUCCCACGUCACUUCCCUCUUGUGCUCGUCUUGCUCGUUCUGUGGAGCUUCCGUUCCUCCCUCGAUCUGGGCUGCGACGCCCAGAAACUGGCCCCGGAUGAAGUUGCAGCAUUGCGAGUGAUUGCAUCCAAGUUGGAAAAGAAGUGGGACUUUUCUGUGGAUCCCUGCAGUCAAACCAAUGGAUGGGUCGUUCCAGGUCGAAGUGACAUGCCUGUCUUUACUGACAAUGUCACCUGUGACUGUAAUCGUACCUCCAACGUUUGUCAUGUUACUAGCAUUAAACUCAAGGGUCAGAACUUAACUGGCACCCUGCCAGCUGAGUUCUCUAAGCUUCCCUUCUUAACAGAUAUUGAUUUAACCUGGAAUUAUCUGAAUGGAACUAUUCCAGCUGCAUGGGCUUCUCUUCCUCUCGUCCAUCUGUCCCUCCUUGGAAAUCGGGUUUCUGGGCCAAUUCCUGAGGAAUUCGCAAAAAUGAUCACACUUGAAGAAUUGGUUCUUGAAGGUAAUCAGCUGCAAGGACCCAUACCUGCGGCGCUCGGUAAACUUGCUAAUUUAAAACGAUUCCUUGCCAAUGGGAAUAACCUAAGUGGGGAGUUGCCAGAAUCACUUGGGAACCUGAAAAACCUCAUAAUGUUUUUGAUUGAUGGGAAUCCAAUCUCUGGGAAAAUUCCAAGCUUCAUCGGGAACUGGACACAGCUCCAGAGGCUAGACAUGCAGGGCACGGCUAUGGAGGGGCCAUUUCCUCCCAGAUUCUUGGCAUUAAAAAAUUUAAAAGAACUGAGGGUGUCUGACUUGAAAGGAGGAAUUGGUUCAUUUCCACAGCUGCAGAAUAUGAGGAACAUGACAAAGCUGGUCUUGAGAAACUUGUCAAUAUCGGGUGAACUUCCUGACUAUAUUGGAGAGAUGAAAGCUCUUAACAGCUUGGACGUGAGCUUUAACAACUUGUCAGGUCCAAUUCCGGGGACCUAUGCAGCAUUGACAAGUUCACUAAAUUUCAUGUACCUUUCAAAUAACAACCUGAAUGGAAAAAUACCUGAUUGGAUCUUGAACAGCGCUCAGAAAUUUGAUAUUUCUUAUAACUCCUUUACGGGAUCACCUGCACCAGCUAUUUGUCAGCGUGGUAGUGUUAACCUAGUCUCGAGCUAUUCUUCCACGAAUUCCGAUACGACACUUUCAUGUUUAAGAAGAAACCUACCAUGUUCUGGAGAAUCUAGAAAUUACAACUUGUUUAUAAAUUGUGGUGGUCCAAAGAUGAGAAUUGACGACAUUGAGUAUGAAGGCGACAUACUAGAUCUGGGUACAUCUGAAUUUUAUGAUUCUGAAAGUGGAAAAUGGGCCUAUAGCUCCACGGGAGACUUUGUUGACAAUCAGAAUCCAAAAUUCAUAACUGCAAACACAACGGCACUAGAUAUCACCAAGCCAGAGUUGUACAUGACUGCUAGGCUUAGUCCGCUUUCGCUCAAAUAUUAUGGGCUUUGUUUAUUCAAAGGAAACUACACAGUAAAUCUGCAUUUUGCAGAGAUUAUGUUUACAGAUGAUGAAACAUAUAGCAGCAACGGUAGACGCUUGUUUGAUGUGUCAAUCCAGGGCCGAAAAGUUCUGAAGGACUUUAAUAUUGCCAAGGAAGCUAAUGGGACUGGUAAGGAAAUUAUUAAGUCCUUUACCGUCAUGGUAGAUGGCACUUUGGAAAUUCAUUUUUAUUGGGCUGGGAAAGGCACAAACUCUGUUCCACUGAGAGGUGUAUAUGGGCCUCUUAUGUCAGCCAUUUCUGUUACACCAAAUUUCAAGAUUGAUACAGGUGAAAACAAGCUAACUGUUGGAACUAUUUUGGCAAUUGUUGCUGCUGCUUGCAUUAUAGUUCUGCUGAUUUUAUGCCUUAUUUUCCUGUAUAUCAGAAGGAAAAAUUCCAAGAAUAAUGAGCUCAGAGGUCUAGAAUUGCAAACUGGACAGUUCAGUUUGAGGCAUAUCAAAGCUGCCACCAAGAACUUUCAUCCUGCAAAUAAGAUAGGGGAAGGUGGAUUUGGUCCAGUUUACAAGGGAGUGUUGCCAGAUGGUUCCGAAAUUGCCGUCAAACAACUCUCUUCAAAGUCUAAGCAAGGGAACCGUGAAUUUGUCAAUGAGAUAGGUGUGAUAUCUGCUUUGCAGCACCCAAACCUCGUGAAACUUUAUGGAUGCUGCAUUGAGGGAAACCAAUUAUUGCUUGUUUAUGAAUAUAUGGAAAAUAAUAGUCUUGCUCGUGGCCUACAUGGUCCUGAGGGAUACCGAUUGGGAUUGGACUGGCAAACCAGGUGGAAGAUUUGCCUAGGAAUAGCAAGAGGUUUAGCGUAUCUCCAUGAGGAGUCAAGGUUGAAGAUUGUUCAUCGAGAUAUCAAGGCGACAAAUAUUCUUCUAGACAAGGAUCUCAAUGCAAAAAUAUCAGAUUUUGGCCUGGCUAAACUUAAUGAAGAAGAGAAUACCCACAUUAGCACUAGAAUUGCUGGCACUUUAGGAUAUAUGGCUCCUGAAUAUGCAAUGAGGGGUUACUUAACCGAUAAAGCAGAUGUUUACAGUUUUGGAGUUGUCGCAUUGGAAAUUGUCAGUGGCAUGAGCAACACAAAGUAUAGGCCAGAGGAAGACUGUGUCUACCUUCUUGAUUGGGCCUAUGUUUGUCAUGAGAAGGGAAAUCUUCUUGAACUGGUCGACCCUGCACUUGGCUCCAGCUUCUCCACAGAGGAAGCCCUGCAAAUGUUGAAGUUGGCUCUUCUAUGCACCAACAUAUCUCCGACUCUCAGGCCCAACAUGUCGGCCGUGGUCAGCAUGCUCGAGGGGAAGACACCCAUAGAGCUCCUCUCUGUGCAGAGCUCAAUCACCAAAGGUGAUGAUCUAAGAUUCAAGGCUUUUGAGAAGCUAUCGCGUGAUAGCCAAACAGAGAUCAACUCGACAGAUUGGCCAUGGCCUGAUUCGUCGGUGUCUGCCCAGAGCACAAAAGGAGAUACCACUCUGCUUCAUUGAGAAGAACUUCGCUGAUUAUACAUGAGAAAGGUAUGCCCGUCCACUGGUCAUUUUGAUUUCACUGUCAAGAUAUAUAGAUGGUGAUCUUAGUAUAUGUACAUCAUGCAAGUAGAAGAUGUAACUUGUUGCUUAAUUAAAUACGGAACAUCAAAAUGCAGUCAACAAUAAAAUAUGGAAGCUAAAAUUUUCCAGACUGAAAUUGUGAUGAAUAAAACUUCAGCAGUUUUUGUCUCUCUA